GAAGAGCUGUCCCCCGUUCCCCCUUGACCCGCAACAUUCCCAUGGACCACGACUCCGGCGGCCCCCACCACCGCCCACCCUCACUGCUGCCGGACGCCGGCAAGCGGCGGCGCCUCCCCAGCGUCCGCCUCGCGGGCUCCAUCCCCCUCCCCUCCCACCUCCCCCACCCGCGCCGCGUUCCCAUCAUCCCCGCCUCCAGGUCCCGCAAACCCCACCACCACCUCCACCACAAUAACAACCACAGCUCCUCCUCUGAACCAACCCAAACCCUCCCAAACCCCCCCGCCGACAACGGCGACGAUCUCGUCCUGGCCGCCGCGUUCCCCCGCAAACCUAGGGCUCCGGCGCCGGAGGCGGAGGAGAUGGAGACGGAGGAGGAGGAGACGGAGGAGGAGGAAGAGGAGGCGGCGGAGGUGGUGGACGUGGCGGGGUGGCUGCGGGGGAUGGGGAUGGAGCGCUACGCGGCGGCGUUCGAGGCGCACGAGGUGGACGCCGAGGUGCUCCCCUGCCUCACGAUGGACGACCUCCGGGACAUGGGCAUCGGCGCCGUCGGGGCGCGCCGAAAGCUCUUUUGCGCCAUCCAGAGGCUGCCCCCGCCACGGAGGUGAAAACGUUUCUGGACUUCCUGUAGGCGUGCUAGCUAGUUCGGCCUCGCCUUGCUAGGGAACUUUAGGAUGCGUGGAUCGUAGGAGUAGGUGUGGAAAGUGUAAAAAUGAGGAGGUUUGAUCUUUACUUAGCUGUGAAACGGUAGCAUUGUCGGUCCGUGGCACUGUCGCUUAGUGUGUAAAUAUGGAAAAGGUGAAAUGGAAGUCCUUACUCUGAUGUUUCUAUGUUGUCUAAUGCUUUUGUGGAAAUGCUAGGAUGUUUUUUCUGUAGGGUGUAAAUAUGGAAAGGUGAAACGGAAAUGCUGACCCUCAUGUUCUGAUGCAUGCUGCGUUUUCCCAAUGUUUUUUUGGUAUGCAAUGGAUCGAAUUACGUGGAACUGUGUCAUGCUUUGAUGUUAGUGGGGUACUGAAAAAUGCCACACAUGAGCACUGUAUUAUGAACUUUAAUUCCACUUGUAGGUGAGUGUUACUGAAAAACUUUGUAGAAGGAGUUUGUAUGUGCUGCAUUACUCUUUACAAAUUGUUUUGUCUUACCGUUAGUAUUGGCCAGAGCAUGAUGGCUAAAAUGUUUCUUUUUUCCUUUCUGGCAUGUAGAACAUCUUGCAUAUAGGUCAGAAUGUCAGAUGGAACUUGAAUUAUGCUGUAUUGAUUUUGCUUAGGUGGUGGUCCACUGCAGAGAUGUGGAAAAGUUUGAAUUUUGAUGUUUCCUUAUCUGUUCUACCUCCUUCAAAUAGAACUACUAGCCUUCAGUAAAAAUCACCAUAGCAGUGCAACAGAAUAUUGAACUUGCUUUGACUGUAUCUCCUUGAUUAGUUGCUUCAAGAUAUGCAACAGUUCAACACAUGGGAACGUACACUUGAAAAAACGAUGACAUAUUUCAUUCUGCUGUGUGCCUCUGGUGUAGUCAUAAACUGAGGGUGAUUUUGGAGCUGCCAUGAACAGUAAGUAAGAUGUUUUAACUUUAUUAAUGGCUUUGCACUUGAUGACGUGAUGUGUAUAAAAUAUUUCAUGUCCAAGUAUUUAUAAUAGUGCUCCAAUGACCUGACUUAAUCAUCCUAAAACCUAGUGUGGGGAUUUGAAAGCACUUCAUACAUCUUGGAAUGCCCAAGUAUUCGCAAGACAUUGAGGUUAAGCUUCUCUAGAACUAAUUAUUGUCAAGAUUGAUGUUUACUUAUGCUUUUGACUUAGUAGUGUUCUGAAGCUUGGGGAACUUCUUGUCCAAUUGACAUUGUUAUGACGGAACACAUGAACAUGAAUUGAGCCUAGUAAUGUUCAGAUGACAAGUUAUGACAUAAGUAAACCUUCGAUCUAUGAUGUUCAAUAUUUUGAGUUUUUUUAAUUUGCCCCAGUUAUCUUGAUCCUAAUGGAGUGAUUGAUAAAGUGUUGUUCCUGCUAAUGUAGAUUAAGUAUAAAUACUUCCCAGGAUUGGCUUUCUUUCCUGUUACAAGUUAUUAAUUAUCCAGUUUUUUUGGCUUUCAGACCUCCUUUGCUUUGUAUUUUCUCCAGCACAAGUUCUGGAACAUUUUGAAUUAGAGUUAUUGCUGUCCUAUUCUAAUCUCUUGUUUGAUGUUUCAUUUUAGUGGAAACGUAUGGUGGGACUGUUGUCUUAUUGACUUUCGCAUUCACGUAGUUUAGAUUUUACUCAGUAGGGCAUGCCAGCAAAUUAUUUGAAAACUUUGUAACCUUUAUUUCCUCUUUAAACUGGGAGAAAAUUUGCACCAAGGUUACAUGGUGGCGUUUGGGUUUUUUUACCCUUCAUGUGAGAUGCUUUUCAAGACCUGUUUGGGGUACUGUUUGUUAUUCUCUUGAUCUUUGUGCGUUCAGACUUCUUAUUCUCUGAUUUUAGUCUGAGCUAUGAAUCAUACCUUGUAAUUGUUGAAUGUAGAAAGUUGUACUAGAUCCACCAAAAUAUUAAGAUUGCUUGCAAAACUUGGACAGAAUUAAUUUUGUGUACCAGUCAUAAAUUGUUUGUGCAGGUGUCUGUGUAGUAUUUCUUUCAACAACUUUUAGACCCUAAGUUGAAGAGAAAGACUAGUCAUUUCAAGAUGAACGGUGUAACAAUGUGUGCUAAAUCUGCUUAUGCCAGAGAAUGCUUGAAGAAAUCAAUAAGAAAGGGAAAUGAGUACAUCAACAGGCCUGCCACUUUCCCUUCAAAUUUAAACACAAGACAUAUGUUAGAGUAAAACAACCUGCAGAACUUUGUUGAAAUGGCUAAUAACCUGCUCCUACCAGCUUGUUGCCAGUCGGUAUGUAUGAAAUGUGUAUGGACCUACCCCAACUAAGCUUGUUGCUACUGGUUUCUUAUGUUGUGGUCUAUGUCGGAUUCUGGAACUGAUAAUAUGGAACCACAACUUGUUUUGUUGCUGGUGACUGUCCUAAAUCAAUAGUAAGUUGUCCAUCUAGUUAUUGUAGGCCAUAUCUGAAAGAGUUAACUUUGCUUCCUUUUUUUAAUGGGGUUUUUUUUUUUUGGCAAAUUUAACAUAGUGUCUAGCUGUAUUGGUGAGAAAUGUUCUUUGAAAAAUUAUUGUCUAAAGAAGAAUUCAGAUAACUGUUUUUUUUUCUAGGUUUUCAUCAUGUCCCCAAGAAAAGUCUGUCGCCAAUAACAUUGUAUAGUUUGAGCUCAGAAAGUUUUGAAUCAGUUACUGCUGUUAGCACGUUAGUCAACCAGGAACAUGUACUGGCAGCCCUAGGGAAAAGAUUUCUGUACCACAUUUUUUGAAGUCAUGUAUGGAAAAGGGGCUCUAAACUUUCUAAAUAGUGUGCUUUUUUUCUCUAUAUUAUAUGAGGAAAAAAAUGCUCGUUUGCAUCAGUUUUUGAACUGACCAAGUCAUUGUGGCUUUUAUUCUUUUUUUGGAAGCCUAGUUCUUUUUAUGUUGUGGAGUUGCAGUGAAAUGUAUACUUUCAGAAUACGUGGGGUUUAUUCAGGAAAAAUGUGUCCAAGAGCCUAACAAACGGAUGCAGCUGAGAAGAGUAUCCAGUGGCAAAGGGACAUGUACUCCAAAGUUAUGGUUCUGAGUUUUAUCGAGGAUCUAUAUUUAUUUACUGAUGAACACAUCAGUCAUACACUCACACUAGACGGUGUCUAAGGGGCAUGAAGAUGAAGCCAAGGGGGUAUUUAUGCGUGUUAUUUUCUGGGUGGUGAGAUGCAAACCUACAAUGUACAUAGCACUAGGUUUAACUCAAGGAAAAAACAUAGAUGAUGCAAAGAAUAUAUGUAUGAGAGAAUUGAAGUUUAGGGUGGAUUGAAAAUGAUAUCGUAAGAGCCCAUGUAAAGAGGUGAGAUGAACUCCAUAGUGUGCCUGUAUGAAAAUGUAAGGAUAACAGACGUGGAGCAUUUUAGUACUUUUUUAUCUUAUUUUAUGGAAAAAGAAACAAUAAUGACGACUAGAGGGGAUAUCUUGUUGGACAAGAUU